AUGUUCACCGAUUCCAGUUCUCAGUCGCCGUCACCGCUGGCAUCUGAGCCGAUCCCCCUUCCUUCAUGCCAAUACAAAGUGGAGAUGAGUUCAAACUCUUCGGCGGGAGGAAAUUCUCCAGCCGUUGUUACUAUUGGUGACUCGGUGGUCCAUCUAUGGACGUGCGGCGAUCCGAUUCACAGCACUAUUUACUGUAUGCAGGUACAUUCAUGUGUAGCCGACGAUGGAGGUAGCACGAAGGUUACAGUUGUGGAUUCCAACGGGUAG